AUGCCUCAAAGACCUUUCCAACAAUUCCUCCUUCCGUCCUUCACGAGAGACAUCCUAUCAUCUCUACCGGCCAUUAUCAUAUCACUGACGAUCUUGGCAUUAUGGAUCUCGCAACUGCCAAAAGAUGAUUGGGUGGAGUUGGUUUACACGGCGACCGCGAACACUUCCGACGCCGAUGCGACCGAAAAGCUUCAUACGCAAGUCGAAGCUUUAACAACUGCCCUCGCAUCGGAGAGAGCUGCUGCCAGCAACGAGAAGGCCGGUCUUCUGUGGUCCGUUGCGUCUGAGAAGGAGCGAGCCGAUGCGCUCCAGCGUAAGCUGGAAGUCGAGAAGGCGGACUUCAAGAAGACGCUUGCGGACCAAGAAGCGCAAGCGGAGGAGGACCUUGGCGACAUCGCCAAGUUAAAUGCCGACUUCGCCGACGACAUCGUCGCGAAGGACGCCCAGAUCAAGGUGCUCGAGGAGCGCCUUGCCGCAGCAAUUGCCUUGCCCGCCGCCGCCGCCGACAGUGGCGUGGCGGAGGUUGAGGCAGCUGUCCGUGGCAAGGCCGCUGCCGAAGAGGCCUUGAGAGCCAACGUUCUGACGUUGGAAGAAGAAGCUGCCUCUCUGAAGGCAGCUAAUUCCCAACUGAAGGCGGAGGUUGGGCUGGCGGAGUCGGCAAGGGCGGUCCUGAAGCAGGAGCUGGCGGACGUCACCGCCGAGCUGGAAGAGGCGAAGAAGACCGCGGCGGCAAGAGCCAAUGCGGGGCUGGAAUCCGCCCAGCAAGAACUUCGGGCCGCCCGGGGCGAGCUCAAGGAGGUGAAAGAAAACCUCGAAAAGUCCACUGCCGCCGUGGGGCAGUGGCAUGCAUACUGGAAGGAGGCAGAUCGGUGUCGAGAAGAGAACGCCCAGAAGCUGGUCGCCUGUGCGAACGAUCUGGAGCGGCUCCGAAAGGGCCGAGACGACGCCUACCACCAAGCUCAAGAAGAGCUGAGGAAGAAGGAGCAAGCCGAGAGAGAGCGCGACAGUGAGAAGGCGAAGAGAGAGCAGCGGCAACGGCAGAUUCAGGAGAAUCAGCGCCAGGCCGACCAACAGAAGCGCGACCUUCAGAAGAAGCUCCAAGAAGCAGAAGAAUACUGUCGAUCCAAGGACAGCGAAAUCAAGGGCUAUCUGGCAACGAUCGAAGAGCUGACCAUGGCGCCUCCAGAGGACAUGGAGGUCGAUCCGGCAAAUCCUGCAACAGCCUCUACGCCAGCUUCUGUCUCACGCUCGGACACCAUGGAGGUCGAGCCUCAAACAACUCCAACCCCGGCAACAUCACAAUCUCCUUCUACACCGCAAACCCCUUCUCUACAUCGUACCAGCAGACUUGGUUCCAGCAUCUCGAGCUUCCAGAGCCAAGUGUCUACAGCACGAUCAGCCAGCACAUCAGUUUCAGAACUUAGCAGAGCAGCUGAAUUUCGGCAGCGUCAAAUUGACGAUCUGAACAAGAGACUGAAUCUACAAGGCGACCGCAUCAAAGAACUCUUCGCCGAGAUAGACGAAUACCAGGAAGAAAGAGAUGCGCUCCGACAGGAAAAGUGGGAGAACAUGAGAACGAUCUCGAAGCUCGAGAAAGAAAACCAGGACCUCAAGAAUAAGACCGAGACGGUUAACGCGGGGGUAGAGAACGAAAAAGAAGCUUUCCAACGAGAAAACCGCGACAAUAGGGAGAAGAUCUGGGAGCUCUCGAAAGAGAUCCAGGACCUCAAGGAUCAGAUCGAGACUGCGGUCGACGAGGCAGACAACGAGGCACUGGUUGAGAACGCUUUUCUCAAAGACGAAAUCGAUGAACUCAAGCAGACAGUGUCUGAGAUGGAGGAACUCAAGCAGCUGAACCGCGCUUUGUCGAACCAGGCUGAAGCUUCAAGCAUGUCGGCGAUGAUGUACAAGGAGAAGGCGGACGCUGCAGAAGCCAAGGUAGCGCAGCUGCAACCACCACAAGAAGAAGCGCCCGGCAGUCCUCGCAAGUUUGCAGGCGUGAAGCGCACGGCCCCGCAGGAUCAAGGUGUCAAGAAACAGAACACCCACUCCAAGACAAACACAAACACCAGCACAGAGACCACCACGAACACCAGCACGAACACAAACACGAACCCAUUCGCGAAUUUGCUGCAACCUCAACAGCAACAGCAGGGUCAGAUCCAACAACAGCAACAACAGCAAGGCCGCAUUCAGCAACAACAGCAAGGCCAGAUUCAACCCCAGUGGACCCAGCCAGCGACUGAAGAACAGAGCGAAAACACGCAAGAACCAGAGAUGUCAGAAGAGGACGUUUGGAAGCUGAUAGACAGAUCAAUGUGCGAAUGA